AUGAAAAGUUCAUCCGCGAAAAUACUUAGGCAGUGCCACGUUGAUUGGAUGAUCUCAUGUAACAACCCAACCCCUUUAGAAUUUUUUCGUUUUAUCCAACCAACACAUAAGUCCCGUGCAUUUGAAAAGUACAGGAAGACUCUUGAGCAGGCUACCAACUUUUGCGAGGACUCAAACAAACAGUUGAAACUAAGAAAUCUCAGAGAAACUGUUAAUUAUAAUUCAGAUUGGGAAUUGUGGCUUGUAGAAAAAAAAUCGAGGUCAAUUCGUGAUGAAAUUCAUGAAACAAAUGUGGGAGUACACCAAGAAUUAAACACCCUUGUCAGGGAUGGAGGAAGACAAAAGCAGAAUUAUGAAAAUGCCGAUGAUGAGGAAGGGGAAGGUAGUAACAAUAAUGAUAGCGUCAAUAACGAGGAAGGCAGUAACAACAAUAACGAUAGCACCAAUAACGAGAGAGGUAGUAACAAUAAUGAUGGCACCAAUAAUGAGGAAGGUAUUAAAAGCGACGAAGGUGCCGACAGCGGUAAUAUAAAUGAGGAAGAAUAUUUAGAUGAAAACAAGAUAAUCGUUUAUGAUAUUCUUGAUUGCGAUAUAUCAGCAUCUCAGGCUGAACUAGAUAUUCUAAAAAUAUAUCGCUCAAAAUUCAAUAAUUAUCCUGCCAUAGACCUCCGGCUACAUUCAGAACUAUCCCUUUCCUUAGAUCAAGAAUUGCAAGAUAAAAUUCUACAUGAAGUUUUCGACGAAAUAGACAAGGAUUAUAUAACAGAUGAAAUACAUAAUUUUCUCACUGACUUUUUUAAUGCUGAUCACGGUAAACAAGGAUGGCACGAAUCAGUUCGGAGAAUAAUCAUUAAUGAAAAAGACUCGGAAUUACUGCAAGAUACAAAAGAACUGCUUAAGGGAACAUUGGGACGAUU